AUGAAAACGCGAUUUAAAUACGUUGAAAUUUUGUUGGUGCUAUUUCUUCUAGAAGUGACUCGGGCUGCAGAAUUGCCGACGAUCAGCAAGGCAAGGAAUAUUUUAAAAUUUAUGAAUCCCGCCGCGGAUCCCUGUAGUAAUUUCUAUGAAUUUACAUGUGGAAAUUUUCCACGUAUCUAUCCCGCCAUAUUGAGUCAACAAGCGGAAACCAGUGUUUUGGGAAUAAUGCAAUCAGAUUUGGAACAUAUCAUGUUCUCCGUAUUGAAUAGCCCCAAUAUGACCAUGGACACAAUUAGUCAUGGCAAGGUGAAAGAUUUUUAUAAUUCCUGUUUGAAUCUACGACACUCGGGAUGGCUUUAUAUGGCCAAGUUAAAGGAAAUUAUUGCAGAAUUUGGACAAAUGCCGGCACUGAGUGAAAAUUGGUCGGAUGAGGACUUCAAUUGGUUACAAGUUGUGGCAGAGAUUUCCAAAAAAUACGAUUUACAAAUAAUUAUUGGCAAAUAUGUACGUCGAGAUCUCUAUGAUAAGCGACGUAACACCGUGUACUUCGAUUUACCCUCAUUUGGUUUGCCGAAGCCGGAAAUGUUCCUGAAUCCCGCAUAUAAGCUGCUACUCGAAGAAUAUCGUUUGGCAAUUGGCCAACAUUUGCGUAACUAUUUGGGGGUCAAUGAAAUAAUGGCCCAGAAAUUCUCGCAGGAAAUAUUGGGUUUUGAAGUUGCCCUGGCCAUGGGUACGGUAAAUGAAACCGGAAUAUUCACACAACCUUAUGAAUAUGUGGAUUAUUUGAAACGAGAAUAUCCGGAGGACUUGGAUUUAUUUAAAUAUUUAGAAAUAGCCUUGGAUGGUCCCUUACCCAAGGGAAAAAUUAUCGAUAACUGCCCAGUGUAUCACAAAAAUUUGUUGAAGAUAAUCCGACGUACCCCCAAACGGAUUAUGGCCAAUUAUAUUUUCUAUUCUCUGCUGAGGAAUUUUUUGUUGAGCCCCUUCCCCAACACCCUGGAAGAUUUACAGAAGGGCUGUGUAAGCCUAACACGAAAAUAUUUUGAAAAUAUACUCGACAAUAUGGUCUAUCGUCGGACCAAUGUCAAAGAUGCCGAACAGGCUGUCAUAAAUAUGGCUUAUGAUUUUAAAACGGUAAUGGAAUUAUCGCUGCGGCAAAAUACAUGGCUGUCGUCGAAGAUCCAGAGACGUAUUAAAGAUAAACUGAAAUCUUUAAAGGUUAUAAUAAAAUCCUAUGCAGAUCAGGACUUCUCUGCGGACUUCGAACAAUUUCUUAUCGAUGAAAAUGAUUUUUGUGGCAACCUAAAAUCGAUUUUUAUUCUCAGAGCCAUGGAAACGAAAUCGAAUUUGAAUAGCCCACCAAAAGCCAACUACAAUUCCCUCUCCACAUCCCUCCUACCCAAAUACCUAAAGGAAGAAAAUGCCCUUGUGGUACCGGUGGGUUUCUUACAGCCCCUUUUCUUCUGGCAUUCCAGCUAUCCCGCCUCCAUAAAAUUAAGUCAACUGGGCUUUUUCAUUGCCCAUGAAAUGAUGCAUGCCAUUGAUGCGGAGGGCAUCUUCUAUGAUCCCGAUGGCCAAUAUAGUUAUUGGAAUAAUGGUAAACUCCCCGAAGCAUUUACUAUGCGCAAAUAUUGCUAUUCCAAACAACACAGUGGUGGCAAUUAUAUUUUUGGUGGCAUAAAAAUCCCAGAAUUACAAUCGGAUUUGGAAAACAUGGCCGAUGCGGAUGGUUUACGUUGGGCCUUCAAAACCUUCACAAUGUGGUAUAAUAGUCCAUUACUGGCUAAUUUGAAUAUAUCAUCGGAGGUGCUUCCCAAUUUGGAUUAUCAAGAUCAUCAAUUGUUUUUCAUUAACUUUGCUCAACUUUGGUGUAAUGAUGUUAAUCCUCUGAUGACUGGCCUGCCCUUUGUACCCAAUGGCGAUUAUAUAUCGGGAAAUUUAAAAGUAAUGUCUGUACUAACGAAUGUCAAGGAAUUCUUUGAGACAUUCCAUUGUGAAAAGCCGAAGAAGCCGUUUGUAUGUGAAGUUUAUUAG